CCUGCUUCCGCCUCGCUGUGGAGGCGGCUUGUUGUUGUGAAGGCCAAAAUGGCGGCUCAAGCGGCGGCAGCGGCCCAGGCUGCUGCGGCCCAGGCAGCACAGGCCGAGGCGGCCGAGUCGUGGUACCUGGCACUUCUGGGCUUCGCCGAGCACUUCCGCACUUCAAGUCCGCCCAAGAUCCGCCUGUGUGUGCACUGCCUGCAGGCCGUGUUCCCCUUCAAGCCGCCGCAGCGCAUCGAGGCCCGCACGCACCUGCAGCUCGGCUCGGUGCUCUACCACCACACCAAGAACAGCGAGCAGGCGCGCAGCCACCUGGAGAAGGCUUGGUUGAUAUCACAGCAAAUCCCACAGUUUGAAGAUGUUAAGUUCGAAGCGGCUAGUCUGUUGUCUGAACUGUACUGUCAAGAGAAUUCCGUGGAUGCAGCAAAGCCACUGUUGAGGAAGGCGAUCCAGAUCUCACAGCAGACCCCGUACUGGCACUGCCGCCUGCUCUUCCAGCUCGCUCAACUACACACGCUUGAGAAGGACCUGGUGUCGGCCUGCGACCUCCUGGGCGUGGGGGCCGAGUAUGCCCGGGUGGUGGGGUCUGAGUACACACGGGCGCUGUUCCUGCUCAGCAAGGGCAUGCUUCUGUUGAUGGAGCGCAAGCUGCAGGAGGUGCACCCACUGUUGACACUGUGUGGGCAGAUCGUGGAGAACUGGCAGGGGAACCCCAUCCAGAAGGAGUCGCUGCGUGUCUUUUUCCUGGUGCUCCAGGUCACCCACUACCUGGAUGCUGGCCAGGUGAAGAGUGUGAAGCCCUGCCUGAAGCAGCUGCAGCAGUGCAUCCAGACCAUCUCCACACUACAUGACGACGAGAUCCUGCCCAGCAACCCCGCCGACCUCUUCCACUGGCUGCCCAAGGAGCACAUGUGCGUGCUCGUCUACCUGGUGACCGUGAUGCACUCCAUGCAGGCCGGCUACCUGGAGAAGGCACAGAAGUACACGGACAAGGCCCUCAUGCAGCUAGAGAAGCUCAAGAUGCUGGACUGCAGCCCCAUCCUGUCAUCCUUCCAAGUUAUCCUGCUGGAGCACAUCAUCAUGUGCCGCCUUGUCACAGGCCACAAGGCCACUGCACUGCAGGAGAUCUCCCAGGUCUGCCAGCUGUGCCAGCAGUCACCCCGGCUCUUCUCCAACCAUGCUGCACAGCUGCACACGCUGCUGGGUCUGUACUGCGUCUCUGUCAACUGCAUGGACAAUGCGGAAGCCCAGUUUACCACAGCCCUGCGGCUCACCAACCAUCAGGAGCUGUGGGCCUUCAUCGUGACCAACCUGGCGAGUGUGUAUAUCCGGGAAGGAAAUAGGCACCAAGAGGUACUGUACAGCCUGUUGGAGCGCAUAAACCCAGACCAUAGCUUCCCCGUCAGCUCACACUGCCUGCGUGCAGCCGCCUUCUACGUGCGUGGCCUCUUCUCCUUUUUCCAGGGCCGCUACAACGAGGCCAAGCGGUUCCUCCGGGAGACGCUGAAGAUGUCCAACGCGGAGGACCUGAACCGCCUCACCGCCUGCUCCCUCGUGCUCCUGGGCCACAUCUUCUAUGUGCUGGGCAACCACAGGGAGAGUAACAACAUGGUGGUGCCUGCCAUGCAGCUGGCCAGCAAGAUCCCGGACAUGUCAGUGCAGCUCUGGUCGUCAGCUCUGCUGAGAGACCUGAACAAGGCCUGUGGCAACGCCAUCGACGCCCACGAGGCUGCCCAGAUGCACCAAAACUUCUCGCAGCAGCUGCUCCAGGACCACAUCGAGGCCUGCAGCCUCCCGGAGCACAACCUCAUCACGUGGACAGACGGCCCGCCCCCUGUGCAGUUCCAGGCGCAGAACGGGCCCAACACCAGCCUGGCCAGCCUGCUGUGAGCCGAGUCUGGAUCUGCCAAUGUGCUUCCGUGGGUGGUCCCCGGGCUUUGUCCCUGACGUCUUCGGCUUCUGAGUCCUGGCGUCAGAACAGCUCCUGUCCUCACAAAGGGCACAGCCCAGUCCCACCUCACACCAGGACCUGGCACCGAGGCCGCAGGUGGAGCACGGGGCCACAUCCAGAGCCACCCCCUAGAGGACUGCUGUGGCCCACCUAGGCUGCGUCAUGCCGCGGGGGCCUGGCCAGCCCCUGGCCUAUGUGCCUGCACCUGACAGUGUCUCCUGCUUGCCCAAGGCAGUGGCCCACAUGUGGCACAGGGCACAGCCUCAGCUCCUCUAGCUCGCCUCUCUCCAGCGUCAGACGUAGGACUGCAGCUUCCAGAUGCCUUCCCUUGACUGGAGUCACCACCCCGCCAUGGGGCGUAUGUUCGUGUGUGUGUGUGGCACAGAUUCGGGGAGCAAGGCCAAGAGCUGCAUGGGUGUUGGCCCUGCAGAGGCCAGGCGCAGGGAGAGGAGGGCCUGCCCACCCUUGAGACCCUGGCCCACAGCGAAGGCUGUGCCACAGCCACAGCCACCUCAGGAGUGAGAUGAUGCCACCUGCCACUUCUCUGGGGACAGCACCGCCACCUGACACUUCUGAGCCACCCCAGACAGCAGCACUCAGGUUGGGCUCAUCCGGGACUCACUGGGAGGUGCUGCAGUGCGGAGCUGGCGCUGGAGGUAUCAGCUGCCGGCCAGGUCAGAGCAGCAGGCCUAGCGUGUCCUGUUCCCUAGCGCAGCCCUGCAGAGUGCCCCCAGUGUGUGAGGAGCCUGGGUCCCCUCAUCUCCGUGAGCCCUCCUGCCCACCCUGACCCUCCAGACCCGCACCCCAGGAUCACGGUGGCCACCGUGUCUGUCCGGCCUAUUUAUUUAACCCUCUCCGCUUCCAGCAUAUUCGUGUGUAGAGUGGGAGUAAGAACCUCAGCAAGAACCUCAAACAUAACACCCAUCUCCGUGCUAAUGUGCUUCUAGCUCUACCCCGUCAUGUCUGUGUGCAGUUAUGGAUGAGAUCUCAUGUUUACAAGUAUAAAAUCCAGAGCUCCAUAUUUACUACUCCCCUCCCGUCACAGCAGCCAAAUCGCAUGAGUGAGUGCGUUUGCGUCCAUGUGCAGCUUCCCCCGCCUGCCCUCUACCACACGCUCCUGUCACACGCCGGGUGUGGGACACCCCCUUCCUGCAGCCGGCGCCCCAGCUCCUUCCCAGCCAGUGCCAGCAAAGAGGAGAUUGUGGUCACCGCCCUGCCUGGGCCAGGCGGGGAACAGGGCACCCGGCUGCCCUGCGCUGAGGCUGAGCCCCGGAUGGCGAGUGCAGGCAGGAGGUGGGCCGUCGGGUCAGUGUCCACGAGUCAGCACGGAGCCUUUUAAUGGUUUGUACUGUUUUAUUAGUGGCCUGUAAUUUUCCAGCUGGUGCUUUUAAUCAGGAAUGAAUUGUAAAUACGAAACCUAUUUCAGAGAUAACCGUAGAAGUAGCUUCCUGUUUGUGGUUGUCUUUUCCUAUAUAUUCUAAGUAAAGUAAUAGACAGGAGCCGGCA